AUGACGCAGACAUUGUACGGAUUUGGCGUUGACCCGUCCCAUCCAGCAAACAAGACCACCACACCAACUGCAAUCCACACCACUACGCAAAUUUCCAUCCUCUGGGUAUCGUGGUGCGACCUGAUAUACACCACGUGCGAUUCGACCAACGCCCAAGCAACUAUAUAUCGCGGGACAAGUUUGAAUGCUUCUCAGCAAGAACGUCUGACGUCUCUUGGCUCCAUCGAUGCGUUCUCUGCAGACCCACAAUGUCGUCUGAGCUUCUUUGGCAGCACCAUGCACGACGGCCUACGAGGCUAUAUUCUCGGCCACAAGAUCUGCAUCUUCGGCACACCCGCCGAGAAGGUGGAACUAGGGAGUCAGUACAGCGACAUUACGAAUCUAAGUAUUCCUUCGCCAUUCCACCACGACGUCAGGAUAUGCAGCGACGCCUCCCUCCUCCUCGCUACCAGGCCUGUUCCAGACAAACAUGCAGAAGCAAACAACCACAAAAGAACAGCAGAGAUAGGUAGUAUCGAAGACAUGCAAGGGCUCAAAGAUCACUGCUACAGCAUCACAGACACCGAGUGCCUCGCUUCGUUCACCCCAACUCAGCUCGUUGUGAAUGCAACAACGGCAACAGCUCUAGAUGCAUACGGCAGAGUGCACACACGCACCGCAGACCCACGGUAUCCAGCCUGCGCCGGCCGACCACACACAGGAACCUCGAAAUUCGAACCUGUGGCCUACCUUUCCGAAACUCGCAUCACCAAGAUAGCAUCGGGAGGCUACAUGACUGCCGCUAUCAGCGAAGAUGGUGAGUUGUUUCUGUGGGGACAGUCAACUCCGGGCACCGAUGGAGAACUGGGUGUACUGCACAGACAGAACUAUGACUCCAAUGCUGCUUUGGAGGGAAAGGCAAUCGUUUGGUGCGACGCUGAGCAGGAUGAGUACGUCAAAUGCCUCAACAUAACUAUUGGCGGGAACAAUGCGACAGCAUUCGAUGUUGCGAUAGGGUUUGGGCACGUACUAGUCGCAGCGAAGAACAGCGAGGGAGAGCAUGUAGUGCUUGUCGCUGGCUGUGGCAGCGAAGGGCAGCUAGGUCUAGGCAGGACGGUUGACUUUCUGGAAGAGUUUGAGUUGGUAGUCGCGACAAAGGGUAAACUGGUUGUGCAAGUAGAGGCAGCAGGAUGGUCCAGCUUUGUGGUCACAGAAGACGGUGGAUUAAAAUGA